CAGAAGACUGCAGCCGUGCUGCUUUAUUUGCAAAAGCAGAGGAGCUGCUGGCGAAGAGAACAGCAGGUGGAGAUCCCCUGGCACGUUUUCUGAAAGGACAACUGUACUACGAAGAGGGGUUGUAUGAAGCAGCAUUUAUACAAUUCGAAAAAAUCAAGGAUACAGAUUUUCAAGCAAUGUAUCAGCUUGGUGUAAUGCACUAUGAUGGACUAGGCACUACAGAAGACCCUGAAAAGGGGGUGGAAUACAUGAAGAAAAUACUUGACUCUGAUUCCCCAAAAGCAAGACACUUGAAGUUUGCAGCUGCAUACAAUCUUGGCAGAGCAUAUUAUGAAGGAUGUGGUGUUAAGCAAUCAACUGAAGAGGCUGAAAGGUUGUGGCUUAUUGCUGCAAACCAUGGGAACCCAAAAGCAAGCGUGAAGGCCCAGAGUACUUUAGGAAUGCUUUAUUCUCUGUCAGUUCUAAAAGAUCUGAAGAAGGCCUUUUUCUGGCAUUCAGAAGCAUGUGGCAAUGGAAAUCUGGAAUCACAGGGUGCACUUGGUGUUAUGUAUCUCUAUGGACAAGGUAUAUGUCAAAACACUAAGGCUGCUUUGGAGUGUUUGAGAGAAGCAGCACAACGUGGAAACAUCUAUGCUCAAGGCCAUCUUGUGGAAUAUUAUUACAAAAGAAAAUUUUACUCAACAGCUGCUGCAAUAGCCAAAAG